GCAUACACAAUCACAGUGUAAAAAUGUCGUCCCAGGUGUAGACUUUGUUUAAUAUUUGCCAACAAUUUUCGUUUAUUUCGACAAUUUCAACGGAGGUGCAUUCGCUUGAAAAAAACUAAUUUUAUAUUAGUUGUUGCGAACUUCUUAUUUUAACCGAAAUACAUUGCGUGGAGAGAUGGCCGAUGAGAUGGAUCCUUGCGAAUGCCUGUGGAAUCAUGAACUGGCGAUGCGACGACUUAUAUCACUGUUGCGACAAGGGCAAGCAUACUGUACUGACAGUGAGUGCCUGGAGCAGCUGCCGGGGCUGCCACGGCCUGAGUCCGCCGGAAACAGCUUCCUGAUGAUGUUCAUAGUGAUGGCGCUCGCAGUCGCCAUGUACGCGCUGCGUCCGCGUCGUAACCAGCUUCAGGACGCCGCUAAACCAACGCCCAAUUCCCAAGACCGCGACGGAGCACCGCCUACGCCACCAAUAAAUUAAUUUCGACAGAGAAAACUUUAAAAAGUUUUAUAAACUAAUUCCAAUAUAUAUAAUACUAGCUGUGAAACCCGGCAAGAGUUGCAAUGCAAUGUAAUAUAGAUAUCAAAAACAAAGCAUAAUUAAAAAGUAUUUUUGGAGUCAAAGACAUUGGCGUCCUCAGUUCUACUAAAAUUUCAUCACAAUCUGAUCAAUAGUUUAGAAAGAUUUAGAAGACAAACACUGAUAUUUUAUUUAUAUAGCUAUAAGUAUGGUGAAACCCAAUCAUGUAAGUAUGAACAUCUUGGUGAUAACUUGUCGGUAAGAUCAGUAUAGUGAUAGUAAAGCUGAUAAUAAAAAAAACAACAUAGUUCUUUAUCAAUAUGUAUAGAAUCUAUCUCAAAUUAGUAUGUAUUGAUGUUAUUUAAAUAUUUCUUAUUAUGUCAGUUGAAGAAACUGAUAUGUUUUAGCGAAUGUAAAGAAAAUUGUGUCUUGUGACGUCACAAGUUGAAUUAUGUAUCAUACAAAUGAUAAGUGUUAAAGUUCUUCAACCAUUCCAUAAUUGUUACAUUUAUGUUGUAUUGGUGUUUUUUUUUCUUUUAAACUUUUUACAAAUCGAAUCUCUUCACGAUUUUUACCUCGAAAUUGUAUAUUUAUCUUUCUUAUUUCAACAUUGGUGCUAUAAUUUAAUGAAAUAAAAUAAUACUUGAAUUUUAUAAAAGUUGGUCACAAAACCCUAUUAUAUUUAGAAACAAUAUUUAUAUAAGAUCAACGCUAAAUCUUUACAUCUCCAGUAGCAAUUGGUACAUUUUUGCUUGCCUUAUUUUAUUAAUUGAUCUUUGACAUACCUACUUAGGUACAUUUCGUUCUGACGUCAUUUGUGAUACUUAGAUUUAGUUUUUUUUUUCGAUUUCGGGUUUGGGUUAAAAUAUUUAUUUAUGCUUUCUUUCCACGCGAUGUAAUAUUGACAAACACCAUUCGAGAUUUGUAUUAAUUAUGUGCAAUUAAAUAAAUAUUUGUAAUUUAAAUUUUGA